AUGCGAUCCGCAGUGACUGUAUCCGUGUUAUCCCUCGCAUACCUGCAGCUCUCUGCAGCUCAUGUUGGAUGUAACGGACAAGAGUUGAUUCGUCGGCAGACGGUACAGUCCGAAGGUCAGAGCACAAAUCCCAACACGGAGUGUCAAGGCUAUAGUUAUGCCCCGCUCGAAGCUAUUCAACAGAAUUAUCCAGGUUCUUGGGUCACCGCCUCGAUCCUACCCAACGAUACCGAGGCUCUGGCGCUAUACAACAAGAUCAAUACCGAAGUGACGGCACAAUUCCCCAAUAUCCAACCUCACGGAACUCACAACGGCUCAUUUGCAGGGGUGCAAUACAAUUCAUCUGAUCCUGAUUGUUGGUGGACUUGGUCCAAUUGUGUGACGCCAGCAGCGAGUACGGGUCUGCAGCCUGACUGGGCGAGCGUACCAGAGCCCGAAACGUUUGGAUUGACUUUUGACGAUGGACCGAAUUGCGCGCAUAACCUUUUCUAUGAUUUCCUACAGGAGAACAACCAAAAGGCCACCAUGUUCUACAUAGGUAGUAACAUCUACGACUCACCUCUGCAAGGCCUUAGAGGAUUUGCCGACGGUCAUCAUAUCUGUGUUCAUACCUGGUCACACCAAUACAUGACGAGUUUCACCAACGAGGUGGCAUUCGCUGAGCUUUAUUACACGCGAAAGAUUAUCACCGAGCUCUUCGGCGUGACUCCGCUAUGCUGGCGACCACCUUACGGCGAUGUCGAUAACCGUAUUCGCGCUAUUGCCAAAGGUCUGAAUCUCACCACUGUCAUGUGGGUCAAUGACACUGCGGACUGGACACUCGAUGAACCAAACACAAACAAUUGGCCCACAGUCGAUGCCAACUAUCAAUAUGUGAUCGAUGGCGCCUCGAACGGCAUGUGGAGUGAAUUUGGACCGAUCGUCUUGGCGCAUGAAUUGACCAACAUGACCAUGACUGAGGCAAUGACAUAUUACCCAAAGAUCAAAGCCGCCUUCCGCCACGUUGUUCCACUCGCUUCCGCCUUCAACGUGACAAGUCCCUAUGCCGAAGGGAACGUUUCGUAUCCGGAUUUCAAGACCUACACCAGUGGUCAAACCAAUCAGACAAUCUGUCAAGGAAGGUGUGACGCCGUAGGGGAAACUACUUCCAGCUCUGCGACUAGCGCAACUGGUCAAAUGACGGCGACAACUGCCAGUACACACUCGGCAUCAGUGACGGCGUCUGCGAAAGCGAGUUCAGUGGUCGUGGCCAAGACUGGUGGAGCGAAGCGAUCCCGAUGGCUCUCUGGCGGGCUUACUAUAAUGAUGGCCGGAGUGUGCGGUGUGAUUAUGCUUUGA